AUGCAAAUAGAUGCAUCGUCAAAUAGUACAAUAGUUAAAAUGAUCAAAGACAUUUUAAAAUUUGAGACUGAUAUUUUUAAUAUGACACUGCUGCCAGAAAAUGAACGGUCAAAUGGUACCACUGAAUACGUUAAAAUGACACUUGAUGAAUUAAAAAAAAAUUAUAGUUAUUUUGACUGGGAAGAAUAUAUUAAUUAUCUCCGUGGCACUCCAAUUAACGCAACAGCAACAACAAUUAUCAUUGAAGAUAUUAAAUUCUUGAAAAAUUUAAAAUAUUUAUUAAAUUCAACAGAAAAAAUUAUUCAAUUAAAUUACAUUACCUGGAAGCAUUAUCAAAGAAAAUAUAAGAUAUUUCAUCAUCAAUUAAAUUCUGAUGAUUGUGUUAAUAUUAUGAUUAAAGAACUUCCAAUUGCAAUGGGAGCAAUAUAUUAUCAAAAUUAUGUUGAUAACAGUAUUAAAGAUGAUGUUUUACAAAUAAUUUUGGAUAUUAAAAAUCAAUAUUCAGACAUGAUUAUUAAUUCAUACUGGAUUGAUGAUAUGACAAAGAAAAAAGCGAUCGAAAAACUUGAAUCUUUAAAAUAUUUCUUUGAAUGUCCAAAGGAGUUUCUCAAUAAUUCAAUAAUUGACAAAUUUUAUGGACGUUUAAAAUUUUCUGAUAGUGAUAAUUACAUUGAUCAAAGUAUUCAAGUAGAUGUGUUUAAUAGAAAAUAUUUAUUAACACAUAAAAAUGAAAAUUUCUCGGUUCUGUGGGUAUUGUUCAUGCUUAAAUACAAUGCAUGUUAUUUUAGAACAUAUAAUAUUAUAGCUCUUCCACCAGUUUAUCAAAACGUUCUUUUUAAAAAAAAUAAUUUAAACGCCAUAAAUUACGGUCUAAUUGGAGGAACAAUAGGUCAUGAUGCCAAUGGUAUUCGAAAUAAUUGGUGGAGAAAUGAUUCGUUACAAAAUUUUAAUGAUCGUGCCAUGUGUAUGGUUGAACAAUAUGGAAAUUACACAAUGCCAGAAAUAAAUGCAAAUGUAAAUGGAACAUUGACUUUAGGUGAGAAUAUUGCAGACAAUAGUGGAUUAAAAGCUGCUUAUCACGCAUAUAUUAAAAAAUUGAAAUCAUCAAGUGAAGGUGAAAGACUUCCUGGUUUAGACUACAAUUCAAAACAAUUGUUUUGGAUAAGUUAUGCAAAUAAAUGGUGUGAAAAAGUUACUAUUGAGGGUUCAAAAAGUGUCCUCUUGGACAGUCAUGCACCUUCAGAAUUUCGAGUAAUUGGUCCGUUAUCGAAUAUGAAAGAAUUUUCGAUUGAUUUUCAAUGUCCAAUUGGAUCAAAAAUGAAUCCUAUUAAAAAAUGUACUGUCUGGUAAAAAAUACGU